AUGGCUGUGCUGCUCUUCCCUGUGCAGUUGCUGGCAGUGGCUGUCACCAUUUACCUAGAGCUGGUGAGUUCUGCUCAAGGUGGUGCCUACUAUGGAAUCAAGCAGCUGCCACCCCAGGUGCCCCAGUACCAACCUCUUGGACAACAAGUACCUCACAUGCCACUGGGCAAAGAAGGCAUUCCAAUGCAGCACAUGGGCAAGGAGGUGCCCCAUAUGCAGUACGGGAAAGAGUACCCCCAUCUGCCUCAGUACAUGAAGGAGGUCCCACAGAUGCCUCUACUUGGCAAGGACAUGGCUCCCAAGAAAGAGAAAGAAAUACCCAUGCGCAGUCUGAGGGGUGAGCAAGGUCCCCCCGGUGAGCCUGGACCAAGAGGGCCACCGGGGCCACCAGGAUUACCAGGUCACGGUGUGCCAGGAGCCAAAGGAAAACCAGGGCCGCAAGGAUAUCCAGGAAUCGGGAAGCCGGGUUUGCCUGGGAUGCCAGGGAAACCAGGGGUCAUGGGGCCCCCAGGGCCGAGAGGGGAGAUGGGGCCAAAGGGGGAGAUUGGGCCCAUGGGAAUACCUGGGCCACAAGGACCACCAGGGCCUCAUGGGCUUCCCGGCAUAGGGAAAGCAGGUGCCCCGGGGCUGCAGGGACAACCAGGGCCAAAAGGGGAGCCUGGCAUGAAGGGCCCCCCGGGAGUCCCUGGGAUCCCAGGCCCAAAAGGGGAGAAGGGCGUCGGGAUCCCAGGUUUACCAGGGCUGAAGGGUCCACCUGGGCUGCCUGGCCCCCCUGGUCCCAUAGGGCUGCCAGGGGUUGGCAAGCCAGGCAUGGUUGGCUUCCCUGGCCCGCAGGGACCUCUGGGCAAACCCGGACCCCCAGGAGAGCUAGGGCUGCAGGGGCCCCCGGGGGCUCCUGGGAUCCAAGGCCCUCCCGGCCUGCCCGGAGUAGGCAAACCCGGCCAGGAUGGGGUCCCCGGCCAGCCAGGCUUCCCAGGAGGGAAAGGGGAGCAAGGCCUUCCAGGCCCCCCGGGGCCCCCUGGCAUGCCCGGAGUUGGGAAGCCAGGCUUCCCUGGGCCCAAAGGUGAACGUGGCAUGGGUGGUUUGCCAGGGCCCUUAGGACCAAAGGGGGAGAAGGGACAUGCAGGGCCACCUGGCAUUGGGGGGCCACCAGGGGAGCCAGGCCAGCCAGGACUGCCAGGCAUCAUGGGCCCCCCAGGGGCCGCUGGCUUUCCAGGACCUAAAGGAGAAGGUGGUGCCGUGGGGCCACCAGGACCAGUGGGCCCCAAGGGCGAACCCGGCCUGCAGGGGUUCCCAGGGAAGCCAGGCUUUCCUGGGGAAGUGGGCGCCCCUGGGCUGCGGGGGCUGCCAGGUCCCACAGGACCCAAAGGAGAAGCCGGCCACAAAGGCUUGCCUGGGCUGCCAGGUGUCCCAGGGCUCAUGGGGCCCAAAGGUGAGCCAGGGCUCCCUGGUGCCCAGGGGCUUCAGGGCCCCUCAGGCAUCCCCGGCAUUGCAGGGCCCAGUGGUCCCAUCGGGCCCCCGGGGCUGCCAGGAGCAAAGGGAGAGCCUGGCCUGCCUGGACCCCCUGGCUUCCCUGGCAUGGGCAAACCUGGCGCUGCAGGGCUGCAGGGACCUCCAGGGAAGCCUGGUGCACUCGGUCCCCCUGGCCAGCCAGGCCUUCAGGGGCCACCUGGACCCCCUGGGCCCCCAGGUCCCCCGGUCAUCAUCCCACCAACUCCACCAGCCGUAGGACAGUACCUGCCUGAGGUGGGGCCAGGCAUAGAUGGCCUCAAGCCCCCCUAUGGCUACAAGGGCAAGAAAGGCAAGGCUGGUGGUGUCGUCUAUGAGAUGCCUGCAUUCACAGCCGAGCUCCUCACUCCUUUUCCCCGGGUUGGGGUGCCUGUGAAGUUUGACAAGCUCCUCUACAAUGGCCGGCAGAACUACAACCCCCAGACAGGGAUCUUCACCUGCGAGAUCCCUGGUAUCUACUACUUCGCUUACCACGUCCACUGUAAAGGAGCCAGUGUCUGGGUGGCAUUGUUCAAGAACAACGAGCCCUUGAUGUACACCUACGAUGAGUACAAGAAGGGCUUCCUUGACCAGGCUUCGGGCAGCGCUGUUGUCCAGCUGAUGCACGGAGACAAGGUUUACGUUCAGAUGCCAUCCGAGCAGGCGGCAGGACUCUAUGCCGGGCAGUACGUUCAUUCGUCCUUUUCAGGAUAUUUAUUGUAUCCCAUGUAA